AUGCGUGUCGUCGUUGGAUUCCUCCUUCUAUGGCUUCGAACUGCAGGUUGCAGUUGGAUCUUUUCCGGAAUUCCCUUACGAGAAUUGGAUGAGGCUCGCGACAUCGGAAGAAAAGCCAAGGUCGAAUUCUUGAACAAAAUUGUUGGUCAAGCGGAUCAUCUGAAGAGUUUCACAGAAAACCCUCAAUACAGCUACAGUCAUGUGGUUUUUUUCCAUCUUUUUCCUCCUAUAUUGAAUGCUGUUUUGUACGACGCCAUCUAUUGCAACGCUCCACCCCUUGCGCCGCCUCCGCUCUGCGGUUCGUCGAAAAUCAAUUCGGACUGCCCCAAUAGGCAGAACUCCUAUUACCUUGAUGGUCUUGAACAGUGCAAUAAUAUUGAUCGAGAAUGGACAGAUCACAUUCAAGAAGAGGCGCUACGGUAUGGCCACGUCGAAAGUGCAGUUUGGCUCGAAAAAGCUGGAAUGAAAGAGUUUACUGCGCUAUUUAUGACGCUUCCACCUUAUCACAUGGAUCGAAUAGCUAAAGCUGCAUGCUCGAAGCACGAGAAGCAACUCACAUGUGGAGCUGAGUACGAAGGAGUCGAAACAACCCGCAAACGAAUUGAGGACUUGAAGAAGAUAGGAAACCAUAAGAUGAUGUUCGAGAAAGAGUGCCGAGAUCUGGGAUUUGUCACUACUGUCUAUCAGUGUGUAGGCAACGAUGUGAACGGUUGGAUCCAGCCAUGUUCAGAGCAAGUGAACAACUACUCCGCAGUACGAGAUAGUGUGAACCAGCGGAUCUCCACAACCUACGAUACUGCUGUUCAGAAAAUCAAAAAUGCAGAAAGCGCUGACACGCAUGAACAUCUUAAAGUAUUCGAGCGGGCGAUGAGCUCAAUAGCUUGGCUAGAAGGAUCAAAGUGUGGACUGUUCAAACAGAUGAGAGUUUGUGUCUUGCGUCAAAUCCUCGAGACUUGUGGUCCCGAAGCUAUGAAGGCGUUCAACACGAGCAUAAGCGUAGGAUAUCUUCGAACUGAACGACGAGAAAGGCUCAACCUGGAUUUUGAGGUGUUCAACUACCCGGUUCAUCCAAACUGUGUUGGUUUGUGA